CUCUCCUCUUCUGUGACUGGACAUAUAAAACCCACCAAAUCCCCAACCUAGAACCGCCACCAAUUUACUUCCCCCAUCAUUUCCUAAACGGCUGUUUCCCUGGUGUAGCCAAUCCCCUGAAACGUGACACAAAAACAGUUAUUGGCCUAUUUGCAAUAAUAUCCGAAAUCCGGAACAUCUUUUAUUAUCACCGCCAGUUUUUUACCAACUUAUAAAUACCCUGCAAUUGUCCAAUUUUUUGGCAUUUCCAUCUGCACUACCCAUUUGACUGUCAUGACUUCCAUCGAUUUGUUGUCCGACUUGUGGUCUACUGAUGACACUCGUCACCUCCAUUCACAUCAAUCUCCAGCAGUACGCCACAAUAUCUGGGCUGGUUCCCAAUAUUCCCAAAAUCAAGUAUCCAUCAACCAGGCAACUCCCAGCCAGAUAUCACCCCCUGGAGUGUCCCUGGCAGUGGCUCUCGUGGCUCUGACCACCAGCCUCGCCGCCCUUUCCAAGGUCAACUCAAACACCUCCACUGGGUCCAGCUCAUCCUGUUCGCUCUUGAACUCGGGAAUUGACUACGACUUGAAUUAUAUCUAUGGCCCGUCAGGUGCCAGCACUACGAGCGCCCCACCGUUUGCCGACCCUUGCGACCCGUUUGCGUCGCUGGGCCAGUCCCUCACCGCCGCCAACUUGGCGUCCAUCAACCUGGCUUCCCCCUUUAAAUCUGGUGUCAGCCUUUCCCCCAUCUCGAGCACACCCGGGUCGGUCGAGGAUAAGAAGCCGGUGAACACGCAGUUGUACAAGACGGAGUUGUGUGGCUCAUUUAUGAAGAACAGUUAUUGUCCCUAUGGCAACAAGUGUCAGUUUGCGCACGGCGAGUGCGAGCUUAAACGGGUUGAAAGGCCCUCUAACUGGCGGUCCAAGCCAUGUGCAAACUGGUCACGGUUUGGCUCGUGCCGGUACGGUAACCGGUGUUGUUUUAAGCACGGUCAUUGAAAGAGCAAAAAAAGGUUUAUAGAUUAUUUAUUGGAAUGGUUAAUGUAUUCACGAUUUGGUUG